CUGUUAAUAAUCGAUUAAUAAUCUUAAUCAUUAAUAAUUUGAUUAAAGUAUUUUCAUAACUUGAUUAACUGAUUAAAUUAAGAUUAAAUGCUAUUUCCUUUUUAAUUAAUGAUUAAAAUUAAAUUUAAUCAAAAUUUAAUCAUGAUUAAAGGGAAUUAAUUUAGUUUUAAGAAUUAUUUUACAGAUUAAAAAAAUUUAAUCAAAAAUUUAGUUUGAUUAAAAAUUUUGAUUAAUUUGGAUUAAAGUGGAUUAAAUGCCAAUUAAUAUUGCAUUAAUUAAAAAAUAAUAAUUUACUAAAUUAUUUCAUGUGUUAUUAUAUUUUAUAUUAUGAGUCUAAGCAAUAUUAAUAAUAUUUAGCAACUCUACUGUUGUUUGUUUACUAGUAGUAAACAUAUGUUCGCCAAUGGAUAUUGCUUAUUUAUACACGUGUGCUUGCGAGUGUUUUUUUUUGUUUUGUUUUUUGUUUUGUUGAGGAAACGCAUUUUGUAUUAAGUCUUGUUUGAUUGUUUAAAGACAUUUUAUCAUCGACUGUUGACUUUCUUAAUUAAGUGUGAGUAUUUUUAUAAGAAUUAUAAAAACAGUAUACAAUGAAAUGAACAACUGAAGAAAGUAUAACCUAACAUUUCGCAUAUGCAGACACAAUGGAUGAUGAGGAACUGUUUAGUGGUGAUGACUUCUCAAGUGACGACAUUUUUAAGGAUGUUACUUAUACCCCCCCUAGGAAAACUUCGAAGCGUAAAGUAUUUGAAGAUGGUCCGCCUGUGAAGAAAGCUUGUAUAGAAGCCGCGUACUUGAAUAAGACAAUUUUCCAUUUGGAAGAGAUUAAUGCAGACGAGGAAACGACAACUUCACAGAGCUUGGGCUAUAGUAAAGUAGAGCUUGAAAGCAUUAUCAGGGAGCAGUUGUACUCAUAUCUUGCGGACGCAAUAAAAAAUUGCGCAGUAUGGCAGAAGUAUGACUUGUUAAAACAAGCUUCGCUCUAUUUUAAUACGCCUCUGACAUCCUCAGCGCCUGUGGAGAGAUUGUUCUCUUUCGCAGGAAUUAUCAUAGCGCCAGAAGAAAUGCUUUGAAGGAUUUUUCAUUUGAAAAAUUAGUAUUGUUAAAAGCAAAUAAUUGAAUCUUUUUUAUCUUUAUGGUUGAAAUUAUUAAAAUAUUGUUAAAUUUAUUUGUUUAAAUUUUUGUUGAAUUAUUGUAAUGACUAUAUUUUGUUAUUAUUUAUUUAUUUAUGGUAUUAUUAAAUUCACCAUAUGAUUUAUAAAUAACAAUAAAUUUAAAAAUUAAUGGAAUAUUAAUUGCCUUUUAAUCCACUUUAAUCCAAAUUAAUCAAAAUUUUUAAUCUAACUAAGUUUUUGAUUAAAUUUUUUUAAUCUGUAAAUAAAUUUUUCAAACUAAAUUAAUUCCCUUUAAUCAUGAUUAAAUUUUGAUUAAAUUAAUUUUCAAUCAUUAAUUAAUCAACGAAUGGCGAAAAAAAUUAAUAAUCGAAUUAAUUAAAAAAAUAUAUUAAUUCAAUUGAUUAUUAAUUUUAAUCCCUUUUUAACAGCUC